CCGUUAUAAUAAACAAAAAAAAAUAUCGGAACAAGUGAAAAAUUAAAUAUGGAGGUAACGAACACAAGAUAUAAUUACCUAGUAGGUCUUCUCAAGGAUGCGGGCAUCUAUGAAGAUGGCAUGAAGUUGGAUGAGAUGCGCCAACUAGCCAAGGCAAUGAAAAUGUCGGUGGACUCCCUUCGCGAAUCUGAAGACACCGAUCUUCAACAUGCUCUCAAGGAAAGCGAAGUGGACUUUUUGGUAGCCGCCCAUCCAAAUGAUCUCCUCUCCUCGACCAUGAUAGGAGCUCCAGCCUUAGCUAUGGACUCAAGGUCAUUGUCAGUAGAAGAACGGGGCAGUUUUGAGUGGAGCUGUGACAGUCCACCCUCUGGUCCCAUUGUAAUAAGAGUUCAGGCGACGGUGCACCACCCGCAUAAUUGGAGUCCCGAUUCGGAGGGACGAUCCAUACGCAAGCGUAUAGCCAACGAUUCAGAUCAUCAUAUUUCCAACGAAUUCUUGGCCAAGCGACCGCUUGCUGAGCAGCAGCCGAAUGCGGAGCUUAAUGCCUCUCCUAUACCACUCACCCAUGGUGACUCUGGCUUCACUGGCGAAGAAUUUAGCUCACUAUCCAGCAUAAGCGACUCCAGCUCAGUGCCUUCCAUUGGCGAAAUGCCCAGUCGUUUGUUGAUCAGCACCAGCAGCGCCGCUGUUUCGGACUUUUCAAGCAGCCAAAUAAUAGAAAUGGAUUAACAAAGUAUACAUCAACAUAAUUAAAAUUUGUAAUAAAAUCAUACAGAAUUUAAA